AACUCAUUUCCAUAAAGUGCAAAAAAGGGGGGAGCUGACAGAGCAGGGCAGGUGAUACCAAGCCAACAGACGCUAAAAGGAGGGAAGGAGGAUCCAGAGCUGCCACUGACACAGCAGAGCUAAUACUCUGAGCACACACCCACCUACACAAACACACACCUGUGGCUGCAGCACACUGUUCAGAGCAGUACAGAGGAGGACCUCAGCCUGACCACAGGAAGGAUCUCACAAGACAAGUCCACUUUGACUUCAGAAAAAAAACGUGUGUUUUUUGUGAGAGCAGUGGGAGAGAGCUGAGCCCAGAGAGCUAAAGAGAGGACACCCCCGACACUCAGCAGGAAGGGCAACAUUGUGGAUGACAGUUUGAGCCAAACAUACAGACCGCAUAGUCCACCGGAGACGAGACAGAGGAGAGGGAAGGCUGCUGAAAAUGGACAACACUCCGCAGAUCUGGCAUGUGCCGGUUAACCCCCAGGACACGGGCAGAGAGCUCCAAAAGAGGGUGUCGGUCGUGAACCAGCCGGAGUGCUCCAUCUGCUACAACACUUACGACAAUGUCUUCAAGACACCCAAGCUGCUGGAGUGCACCCACACCUUCUGCCUGGAGUGUCUCUCCCGCCUCAUGGCCGUGUCUCAGGCCGAGCCCGACAGCAACGGCGACGGCCACAGCGACAGCAAACUCUCUUGUCCCUUCUGUCGCCACCCCACCACACUCACAGAGGAGGGGCCCCCAGCCUUGGCCACCAGCCGCGAGGUCCUGUGCAAGCUUCCCAACCACCAGCAGCAGGAGCAGCCGGUGUGGCUGGAGGGGGCGAAGCUAUGCUACAAAAGCUCAAGGCAGAGCACCAGCGUGGGCGCCCCCGAAAGUCCCACGGCCUUCUGCGUCUGCAUUGACAUUGGGGCCACCAAGACGGCCGGCGCCCCGGUCCAGACACAGCCCCGCAGCUAUGGCCUGCUGGGCCGCCUGACAGACUGGAAGAGGGUGAUGCUCUUCGUCUCGCUCAUCGUGCUCCUCGUUGUAAUUGUGCUGUGGCCUCUGCAGUGUGUGUUCACCACUGGAAACAUGCGCUGUAUACGAGAAAGCGUCCGUCCCACCACCACUCCAACUACGUUUUUCUCCGACCUACCUACCUCGUCUGACAGAGUAACCCUCUGAACACUCGCUGGACUUAAUUCGAACUGCAUUAUAUUGUAUAUGAGACUUUUAUUUAAAAUAUCUGACACUGAAGUUUUGCUGCAUAAUUAGAAUUUUGAAAAGUGCACUUGAUGAUUGCAACACACAACUGACAACACUGAACCACAGAUGUUAAAGCCACAAUGUAUAGGCUUUUUAAAUGUCGGACUUUAGUGACCCCCGGUGGCAGUUUAAAAAAAGACACCUGGACAGACACUGGGCCGACUCCGGACAUUAUAUCACACACUAUCUGGAUCAUUGGAAUUAUUGUGAAUAUUAAAAUCAUAAUCACAUACACAAAUCUACACAAAGCUGCUUUAAAUGUACAAAUAUUGAAUUGAUCUUUCUCUAUACAUCACUCGUUCUGCAUGAGUAAACUGUUCAUACAGGCUUGUAAAAGACAACACUCUCAAAUCAUCAUGUUCUGUGAAUCAAACAGACUAAACAUUUGCACUAUAACCAACACCUGUAGCUUGAAAUCAGACAAAAGGACUUUUCGACUGUUUUUGUCAUCAUCCUUCACGGAUCACACAACAAAGAGCUCAGGUGGGUCGAUCUUCACCAUUUCACACAAGCCAAACUGGGAUGUUUAAAAUGCUGACGUUCAUUCAUAAAAAGUGAAAUAUGUGGUUGGCUGAAGGACGACAUUUCGUUUUAGUAAUUAAUAAAAAAGUGUCUGUCGCAAUAGAGAAUAGAUGUGAUUCAAUUGUGCCAACUGAAAAGUUUAUACUGUACAAAUGAUUUGUGUGUUUCUGAUGAAGAUAUCUUUGUUUACAGAACUAUAAUAAAACAAAUGUGAGGUACCAACUCA